UGGAACAACCAAGACUGCGUGCACACUCUUGGUGCAAAGCAUGGGUACGCUUGGAAUGACGUACCAUGCAAAAGUUGCUUCAAUUUUACGUGCUUUACAGACUUUGACGAAUGCUCUACGCACACUGACAACUGCGCAGACAACGCAGAUUGUACGAAUACCGUGGGGUCGUACACCUGUACCUGUAGAGCUGGGUAUUCUGGUGAUGGAAGAACAUGCAAUGAUAUAGACGAAUGUUCCACAAACUCCCAUAGCUGUGACGCCAGCGCUAUUUGCAGUAAUAGUCAAGGAUCCCAUAGCUGCGCAUGUAAACCUGGGUAUUCGGGGAAUGGAAAAACUUGCGUUGAUAUAGACGAAUGUUCCACAAACUCCCACAGCUGUGACGCCAGCGCUAUUUGCAGUAAUAGUCAAGGGUCCCAUAGCUGCGCAUGUAAAGCUGGGUAUUCGGGGAAUGGAAAAACUUGCGUUGACAUUGAUGAAUGUACCAGCGGUGUUCAUGGCUGCCACCGUUUUGGGUCAUGUAUCAAUAGUGCAGGGUCUUACAGCUGUUCAUGUAACAGGUUUUACACAGGAGAUGGAAAAACGUGCAGGCAUUCCGUGUCAGAAUGUCAAAACUACCAAAGUCUGAGUGGCAGGGACAGACAUGUAUCUUACGGAAAUACUAAUACGUAUUGUGACAGUGGACUCUCUGGCUGGUUUCGUUUUGAAGGUUCUGCAGGUUCAAGAAUGGCCACAUCCUGUCAGUCUAAGAACCGUUGCAACACUCAUGCACCUGGAUAUUUGACUGGUGGACAUCCCUCAGUGGCUGAUGGUCAGGUCAGGAGACGAGUCUGUUUUCAUUGGGAUUAUAGCUGCUGCAAUUGGUCAAAAUCCAUCACUGUGAGAAAUUGUGGUGCUUACUACGUAUACUACAUAACUGGAACACCUACAUGUUCUCUUCGUUACUGCGGCACAUAUUAAUUUUCUGCAGUGCUCAGGAAUCAAAAUCACUAUGUCGCAGUUCAAAAUUAGUAGACAUUCAAAACAAUUUAGAAAUUGAUUGCUCAAUAUAACUACGUGCAAUUUAAAAACUAAAUUUCAUAUAGAUACACAAGGGUAUUGUCCUAAGUUAAUUUUUAACGCAAAGGGAGGAGGUCGAAGGAGCCUAGACCCGUUUAAACAAAAAUUCGCAAUCUUCUUUAGAAAUGAAAAUAUAAUCAAAGUCCCUCAUGGUUUCAUAAAACGAGUCAAGACAAUAUGUAGAUAAAUAAAUGAAUAAAGCUGAUAGUUUCUAAAGAAACUGCUUGGGGCUGCGUCGG